CUACCCAUUUCGAGCCCAAGCUGUUUGGGGCAUUGUUGUCAGCCAUGCCUGGUAUGCCAGCUGUGAAAGGAUGCUUGGUAUGGCUGUGCAUCCAUUUCUCCUCAGCCAGCAAGUAUUUGACCCUGGUGGAUCAAAUGGAAGAUUUGCUGAGUACGGCUGUGAGCUUCCAUCGUAGCGGCCGGGGGCGUGAGGCCCUCGAAGUGCUGCAGAAGAUUCGGGAGAAUUUCCAGGCUGCCAAGAGGCUGGAGCCUGCUUCAGCGGAUGCUUAUGUGGCUUUUGCUCAAGCAAUGUUGGCUUCAAAUAACUUGAAAGAAUCCAUUGAGGCCUGGGAAUCCGCUUUGGAACGGAUGAACGAAGACAAGGAUCCCUCCAUGUUUGCUUGGGCCAAGGGGCGUUUGCGCUGGGCACGCUAUGGUGUGGUGUCCAUGAAGAGGGAUGCUCUUUACGCAAAUGGCCAAGGAGAUCUGGUGGAAUCAAAAAAAUUGGUGGAGGAGCAACUGCAGAUUUACCCGGGAUUCCCCAGUCGUUUACACGACUUGGCGACCAUCCAAGUAAUGCUGUCGGAAUUUCUGGAGGACCAGGAGCAGGCGGCGGUGGAGAGUUUCAGGUCGUCGCAGAUCAGCGCGUGGAAGUCGUGGAUGGCGGGACUGCUGCAGCGAAAUAGGUCAACCUCCUGCGAGAAGGGCCGGAUCUUCUACGAUUGGAGUGAGGCCAGUGGGCCCAGUGGGUCUACUUCGCUAGUCUCAUUGAGCAACCUGACUGGCGGUUAUGUGGCCACCUUUCAUGACGUGGGCCUCAGUGGUGACGAUGGCCUCAUCGUGGACGAGGCCCGAUGUCAGAUCUUCCUGGGCUCCGCCGGGCUGGUGCUGAACCUGGCGCAGAAUCUGCAGCUGUUGGAGACCUGGGGCGAUCCGAGCAGCCCGUGGCGCAGUGGCUUCAAGUGGUUCGACUUGCAGGGGCCCAACGGACCCAACCAUGGGGCAUGGGAGAAGCCGAUGAAGGUGAAGCAGGCAGCGAGCCUUAUUCAGUUUGCUGGGACAUCUCACUUUCAUGUCUUGACGGAGGUCUUUGGCCGACUCCGGUUGUUGAGAGAUGCCAGGGUGUUGCAGGACCCAGCAACACAAUUGGUGAUCCCGAAGCCUUCCGGCUUUCUGGCUGCGGGCUUGAAACUGUUGACUGCAGGCUUGGGGAUAGCCGCAGAUCGGAUGAUUCACUGGACUCGUGGCCCAAGUGAUGUGCUACUGAGAGCAGAGAAAUUAUACUUUGCUGAUUGGAAGGUGCCCAUUGCCUUGGGACAGGAUGGUGGACACUGCCCAACGCCUCCAUUGCUUCUGCAAUCUGUCAGGGAUGCCCUAGCCGCGGGCCUAGCUGCGAAGCCAGGGCGGCGGGCCUUCGUUUUCAUCAAGCGGAAGAGGGGCGACAUGCGCAGCAUUUUGCAGGGUGAAAGCGAGUUGGAGAAGGAACUGCGCGCCCUGGCCUCGGCCGCAGCGCUGGACUUCGUGGCCUUCAGCGGUGAACUGAAGCUGAAGCCCACGGCGCGCCUCUUCGCCCGUGCCGUGGUGGUGCUGGGCGUCCAUGGCGGCGCCUUGGCGAACAUCAUCUUCUGCAAGGAGGAUGUGCAGAUCUUUGAGCUCGGCUUCCGGUCGCCCUUUGCUGGGCAUUACCGUUACCUGGCCGAUGCCCUGAAGCUACGCCUGACCCUGCUACCGUUGGCGCCAGAUGCGCGUGGCAUGGCCAGUCAGGAGGUGAAGCUGGCGGAUUUUCAGGGCGCCCUGCAGCAGAUUACCAGGGCAGUGUCCGGUAAGGAGGAGCUGUAAAGGGAGGAUUCAGUGGAUGGAUGAUGAAAUCUUGAAACCUUUCCAGAUCAGCUUGAAGUGGAUGCGGAAGUUUGGAGUUCGCAUUUUGGGAUCCCUGCGGACUGCGCGACUGCGAGGGAAAGGGAAAGAGCCUGUCCUGCUUGGAAUGCUGGGAAAGUUGAUGCCGAGUCGUUGCACGUUUAGACUGGAUUGGCUCGACAACAUUUUCACGUAGCAUGGUGUUAUUAUAUGCUUGGAUGCCAUACAGCAGCUGGCUUCAGCGCCUGUUUGGUCAUGGUCUUCGCAUGUCAACAAGGAAAACCCAGGUUCAGCGCAGUGCCAGCUUUGACGCUGAAUGUCGACAAGUUCACUGCAACGCGCCAACGCAUCGGUGCGUAGCUACUGCGUUACAGACCUUCGAAAGAGCUUGCUUCGUCAUCAAUGUGCUAACUUCGCAAAGAGAGGAGCCGGCAAGUUCUGCCACGCGAGGCCAUCAGGUGCCCUGCAGCCAAAAGUGCAGCCAGGUCUCCAUGCCGGUGCUGAUGUCCAUUUCAAUCAAUCCAUGAAGCUGUCUAUGGAAGCUUUCCUCAUUCUGAUACUAACCAGCUGAAGCACAGAUGUAUA